UCCCCUCCCUCCACACCAACACCUGCCUGCCUCUCGCUCACAUAACAGCCGGCAGCCAUGGCGCCGCCCCUCGUCGGCUGUAAGCUGCACCGUCAUCGUCUCCUCCAGGCGGCGGCCCAUGGUGACCUCCGCCGCUUCAAGAGGAUUGCGAGCGCGCUUGACGGCGGGAAGGGCCGGAUCAGGGAGGCGGUGGAGGUCGUCGUCGACGGGAACGGCGCCGGAGCACUGCACGUCGCCGCCGCACACGGGAGGACACGGGUGUGUGCUUACCUCGUAGAGGAGCUUCAGAUGGAUGUCAACGACACUGCCGUCCUGUCAGGAAUAUGUGUAAUGGUAGAACUCUUGCUCUCAAAAGGAGCUGAUGUUAAUUCUUUGUCUUGCGGCGGGACGCCACUGCAUGUUGCUGCAAUGGAAAAUCAUGGUGCUGUUAUGAAGAUUUUACUAGACUACAAUGCAGACUGCAACAAAGAAUUUUUCAUCCUAUUUACUCCUUUGUUCACUGCUCUCCGUGCUCGCUCACUGAACUGUGUCAAGCAUCUGAUUAAGGCUGGUGCUGAUGUGAUGAAGGGCAUUCACAAGUUUACCCCCUUAAUACUCGCUGCAUAUGAGGGCUUAACAGAUUUUUAUGAGUGUUUAUUAGAGGCUGGUGCUGAUCCUAACGUUCCUGAUGAUUCUGGACUCCUGCCAAUAGAAAUUGCAGCCUUUCAAAAUAGACGGAAAGAUGUUGAGAUCCUUUUCCGCGUAACAUCUCGUAUUCCGUCUGUGCAUGACUGGAGUGUUGACGGUGUACUUACAUUUUUCAAAUAUGUCAAAUCGUUUCUAACAGAUCAGGAUGACCCUAUGUACAAAAUGGAUCUGGCUGAUUUGAAGUUAGAAGGAAGCAAGGCAUACAACGAAAAAGAUUAUUCUACUGCAGUAAAACUCUACUCUGUGGCUAUAAUGAAAGCCGAUUCUGGUGAUGCGACAUUGCUUUCGAAUAGGAGCCUGUGCUUUAUUAGAAUGGGUGAAGGAGACAAGGCUUUGGUUGAUGCUGAAGCUUGCAGGGCUCUGCAGCCUUAUUGGCCAAAAGCCUGCUUCAGACAAGGGGCUGCUCAUAUGCUCUUGAAGGACUAUGAAAAGGCAUGUGAUGCCUUUCUUGAUGGCCUGAAGUUGGACCCGGCUAAUGAUGAAAUGGAGAAUGCACUAAGAGAAGCUUUGAACUCCUUCAAGAUAUCUCGUGCGACAUGACAACAAAGCUCUUGGAAUCGUCACUUGCCCACAAGAAUAUUAAUGCAAGACUUACAUGGGGGUACGGCUUAGUAAGCAAUUACAAGAUAUAUAUUUAGCUAUCUGUCCCAAACAUAUGUGUUUCACCAUUGCAAGUUUCUUCUUUGUACGAAGUAGAUAUGCUGGUUGGCCGAUGGCGACAUGCAUGCAUAUGGCUCUGCAAAUACUGAUCGCUGUUUUGAUUUGAGUAGGAGGUUUUAAAUUGGGAAUA